CAGUAUGGACAGAGCCUCCACAGAGCUGCUGCCUGCCGGCCACAUACCCAGCUGAUAUGGGGACUGUAGGAGCCAUGCAGCUGAGCUGGGCCAUCCUGGGCUUCUUCCUGCUCCAAGGCCACAACUCACAGAUUACAACAAGCCAGACCUCCAGCUCUCAGGGAGCCUUCAUCAGUUUAGGGCUGACCACAGAGCCAGCUUUUCCCAACACAGGAGACAUCCCUUCCUCAGAGCCUAACAGCCCAAGCCCUCUGCCCAGCACCGGUACCACAGCUGCUCCAAAGAAGCCCUCACACACCCCCAUAGGAGCGAACAAACCUACAGUGCCAAGGUCACGCACCGUGGAUGGUAACUCCCUGUUCUCACAGGUCCAAACUCAGGUGCAGCCACAGAAACACACAUUGGGACUUAACACGUCUCAAAAUAUUACUCCCAAUUCAACCACCACAAGCCCAAGUGCAAGGGAUGACUUGGGCAUCCUGCCCAGCCCCACCUCAGAGACCGUGCUCACUGUGGCUGCAUUUGGUGUUAUCAGCUUCAUUGUCAUCCUGGUGGUUGUGGUGAUCAUCCUAGUCAGCGUUGUCAGUCUAAGGUUUAAGUGUCGGAAGAACAAGGAGUCUGAAGAUCCCCAGAAACCAGGGAGUUCUGGGCUGUCUGAAAGACUCCCUACCUCCCCAAGCUGUUCCACAGCCGGUCGAGAGAAAGACAGCAUCACGCUCAUCUCCAUGAAGAAUAUCAACAUGAAUUCCAGCAAAGGAUGCAACUCAGCAGAGAAGGUUCUUUAAAAGGAACUCUGGGCCCCAUGAGUCCAAGGAUGAUGCAGCUGCCUCUUGACUGUGAGGAGGAAAAGACGGGAUCGGCAGAGGCUAUGAAUCACAUAUAAAUUAUUGUAUCAUUUGUGUCUGCUCCCAGAUCUAAAGGACACUAACAUUCCUCUAAAUCUGGGAGUAAGCUAUCAAUAUAAGAGACUCUGUCCCACACGGACAGCCGCUCUAAGAAUACAGCCUGCUUAUCCUGCCUUGUCAGGGUACAGGAGUCAAUAGAGCAAGAAAAACGACAAGAAGAUGGAUUGAUACUUUCUACUUUACAUUAAAAUUAUUUUU